UCUAGGGCGUUCUCGAGAGACGCGAUACAGUAUCCCGAGCCUGAGUCGUUCCUCCCUGAGCGGUUCUUGAAGGAUGGGAAACUUGAUCCCGCGGUCUUGGACCCUGCGAGCUUUGUGUUUGGAUAUGGUCGAAGGAUUUGUCCCGGGCGGCAUUUUGCUGAAGCACAACUCUUCACGGCGAUUGCUUGCGUCCUUCACGUGUUCUCUAUUUCGUUGCGAGAUGCGUCCCCCACGAUCAGGGAGACGGAGCGCAGUACUUUGUAA